GUCAAAAUCUGGAUCAAGAUCCACGAAGGAUUUGCCAGCAUACCGUGCCGUAAACAUUCCCCCCACUGCAUGACCUUGGGUGCACGUACCGUAUCUCCUACACCCUCAGAUUAUUUUUCGCUUCCCUUUUAUCACUUACAUUUUUUUUGUCAAUUUACUCGAACACACAUACUACGGCUAGCUCGCGUUCAUUUAGUGGAACGAAAGUCGGAGUUGGGGGAAUGAAAGUGACGGGAAAACCCCCCUUGGAAGAAAAAAAAAAACCAAGACGAUUGAU